UUUUAGCAGGUUAGACUCACACACACACACACACACUGCUCUCUCUCUGAAGCUCUGAAGCUCUCACACAGAGCUGCGAGGUGUCCGGACUGCUCCAUUCUCACUUUACUUGUUUUCCGUCUUCCAGGAUUUCACUUUUCAGGAUGACUGUAUUUUUGCAGAGGAAUCCCAUGACUGUAAAAAGCAUCAGCACUUUUUGAGAGAUGGACAGAACAGAGUCUCCUCACUGAAGCAUGUCAACCUUUUUAAAGAAGCAGUAAAUCUCUGGAUUACUCUGGAUUUACUGGUUUAAAAAAAAAACCUACAUGCGUCCGCAUUCAAAGGGAUGGAUGGAUGGAUGGAUGGAUUUUUCUUCUCUUGUCUUCAUGGGAAGUGUGUUUUCCAUCAGAUGUUAUGAAACAUUCUCCUUGGAGUACGUCCCCGACAUUGUAACUUCUCAAGGAUUUACUACUCUACGGCGCGCAUAGUCCUCCAGAAGUUCUGCUUCUGUCUUUCCUGUGAGUCAAACUUUGCAACUCAACAAACCUGUCCAGCAGCUCAUCUGAGUCUCCAACCAGAAAGACACGCUUACAUGUUUUGAAAGGCAAACACACAGGUGUGUAACUGCUACAUGUACUACAUGAGAACCUAGUGUUAGAAAAAUGUUUUACUCCGCAUUUGAACGGAGUCUUGUCAACCUGCUGCUGCUUUUCACAGCCGGAUUGUGCUCUGCUAUUAGCUCCAUAGACCCGGACCGACCAGGAGAAGGUAGAUGUCAGGAAAUCUCAAUUGCUCUCUGCAAGGACAUUGGGUAUAAUUUGACAGUUAUGCCCAACUUAAUGGGGCACGAGGAUCAGUUAGAGGCUUCCAUAAAGCUUCACGAGUUCGUGCCGCUGAUCGAGUUUGGCUGCCACAGCCACCUCAAGUUUUUCCUGUGCUCUCUCUAUGCCCCCAUGUGCACGGAGCAGGUCUCCACACCGAUCCCAGCCUGCCGAGUGAUGUGCGAGCAGGCGAGGCAGAAGUGUUCCCCCAUUAUGGAGCAGUUUAAUUUUCACUGGCCCGACUCACUGGACUGCUCUAGGCUGCCUAAUAAGAAUGACCCCAACUUCCUCUGCAUGGAGGCCCCCAACAACGGCAGCGAUGAUACUUCUUCAAAAGGAUCUCACACCCAGCCUCCGGACUCACGCCCUCCUCGGCAUGGGACGAACCAGAAUCUACCCAUUAAGGAGAUAAUGGGGAAGGACACUUGUGGGAACCCUGGGAAGUUCCACUACGUGCAGAAGAGUGAGUCGUGCGCUCCAAAGUGUUACCCCAAAGUGGAUGUGUACUGGAGCCAGGCAGACAAGCGCUUCUCCUUGGUCUGGAUAGCCAUCUGGUCCAUCCUUUGCUUUGUCUCCAGUGCCUUCACUGUCCUCACUUUCCUCAUUGACCCACAGAGGUUCAAGUACCCCGAGCGCCCCAUCAUCUUCCUGUCCAUGUCCUACUGCGUCUAUUCCGUAGGCUACCUCAUUCGGCUCUUUGUUGGGGCUGAAAAUGUGGCCUGUGACCGUGACAGCGGUGUCCAGUACAUCAUCCAGGAAGGCCUGGAGAGCACAGGUUGCACUAUAGUCUUCCUCAUCCUUUACUACUUUGGCAUGGCUAGCUCCCUCUGGUGGGUGAUUCUGACUCUCACCUGGUUCCUGGCAGCUGGAAAGAAAUGGGGACAUGAGGCUAUUGAAGCCAACAGCAGCUACUUCCACCUGGCUGCGUGGGCUAUCCCAGCCAUAAAGACUAUCCUGAUUCUGGUCAUGAGAAAGGUGGCAGGUGAUGAACUGACAGGCAUCUGUUAUGUAGGCAGCAUGGAUGUCAAGGCGAUGACUGGAUUUGUCCUAAUCCCUCUGUCAUGCUACCUCAUCAUAGGCACUUCAUUUUUGCUCUCUGGCUUUGUUGCUCUCUUUCACAUUCGCAAAGUUAUGAAAACAGAGGGGGAGAACACCGACAAGCUGGAGAAGCUGAUGGUGCGGAUCGGGGUGUUUUCCGUUCUCUACACCGUUCCUGCCACCUGUGUCAUUGCUUGCUACUUCUACGAGCGUCUCAACAUGGACUACUGGAAAGUUCUGGCAGGAGAGCAGCGCUGCAUGGAAGGAGCCAGUGGCAGCGGAGAGGAGUGCACCAUGAAGAGCUCCAUCCCGGCUGUUGAGAUAUUCAUGGUGAAGAUCUUUAUGUUGCUGGUGGUGGGCAUCACCAGCGGCAUGUGGAUCUGGACUUCCAAGACUUUGCAGUCCUGGCAGAACGUCUUCAGCCGCAAACUAAGAAAGAGGGCAAGGAGGAAGGCCGCGUGCGUGUUCACAGGCAGCCGGCCGUACCUGAAACCUCACCCUGCACUGAAAGGACACAAAACCAAGUAUGAACCCACUGGAGCUCCUGCCACAUGUGUAUGAGCUCAAAACCAGACAUUCACAAGAAAGGAACACACAUGCAGGACACCGUUUAUUUUUCAGCCUGGUUCAUGUUAGAGUCUGUGGCUGAACAAGCCACUGCACAAAGUUCAUGUAUAUUUUAUGCAAGCCUUAGUACUUAAAAAAAGAAAAACACUGCAAUGUUCUAAGGACAGCUUGUUUUCAAAUUCUCGUAAUGAUCUGUAUGAAAAUAAGCCACCAGCCUUUUAGUCAGUUGCUCUCUACUACUUAUCCACUUAAGGAACUUUGUGGAGUUUGAAAAGUUUUGCUUUUUUUGUUUUCAAAAAGGAUUGAGUCCUCUUUGUGGUUAUGUCACUGGGAAUGGCUGUAUCAUGUGCAAUAGAUGUUUCUCUCAGUGACAGAGAGAGAAAAAAAAAGACUUAUAAUACUGUAGUGGCCCAUUAAAGACACUAAAAGGAUUCUGCAUACAAUAUAUGUGUGUGUGUGCGUGUAUAAGCUGAGGCGGGAGCUCAUCGAGCCGCGUGUUCCUGUGGCUUUUCUAUGGAAAUGGAGGCUGUGUCAGACACUGCUACAUUGACAUUGGAGAGCAGCUGUUGGCUGCCGAGAAUGAACUGUCCAUUGUGAAGGCCCUCCAUGGCAUAAAGCAAAUAUACAAGCACUAAAUGUUGUCGUGAAAGACUAGAGGCCUUUUGAUGGGGCAUUUUGUACAGCAGGUUCUCAGCCCAUUGGUUUGUUUUCAUCACACUGAGCUCUUUUUUUUCUUUUGUAGCACAACAAAUCCUUUGUAUAUAUUUCUAAAAAAAAUAAAGUUCAUAUUUUGUACGUAUUAAUAAAGACCUCCUAGUUUAUGAUGUUCCGAAA